CCUUGGCGCGGAAGAGAGGAGCUGGCGCCUGCGCAGUGCGCUCGGGCGGCGCGGCCCCGCUGACAGCAGGCGGGAGGGGCGGGGGCUGAUGGCGGCCGGGUCCGGAGGCAGGAAGCCCGGCGCCCCGCGAGACGCGGAGUCCGAGGUCUGGUCCCGCCGCGUCAGGGACCUGGUGGGCUCCGGGCCCGGCAAUCGCCUCUGCUUCGAGUGCGGCCAGCGCGGCGUCACCUACGUGGACAUCACGCUGGGCAGCUUCGUGUGCACGGGCUGCUCGGGCGCGCUCCGGGGCCUGAACCCCCCGCACCGCGUCAAAUCCAUUUCCAUGACCACCUUCACCGAGGCCGAGGUGCUGUUCCUGCAGGCCCACGGCAAUGAGGCCUGCCGGAAGGUUUGGCUGGGCUCCUUUGAUCCCCGCACGUCGCUGCUCCCAGACUCCAGGGACCCGCAGAAAGUGAAGGAGUUCUUGCAGGAGAAAUAUGAGAAGAAGCGAUGGUACGUCUCGUCGGAUCAAGCCAGGGGAGCCACCUCCCUGGCCAGCCAGAGCUCCACCCCAGAGGUGAAGCCCCAGCAGACCCUUCUAGGGGACUCAGGAGCGCUCCUCACAGCUGCCGGAUCCAGCCGGAGCUUGGGCCAGCCCCGCCUGCCGCACCAGCGCACCUCCCAGCCGGCCAAGAAAGCCAGCACGGACCUCCUGGCGGAUAUAGGCGGGGACCCUUUCGCCGCCCCCCAGCCGGCCCCCGCCUUCGCCAUGUUCCCUGCCUUCCCGGGCCAGACUCCAGCCCAUGCUGCCUUUGCCAAUUUUGAUGCCUUUGGGUGCAGCCCAGUAGCGUCGGCAUUCGGCGGGGCGUCGGUGCCAUUCCACACCCAGCCGACAGCCGCAGCCAGUCGGACAGUCCCAGGCGGUUACAGCUUUGCAGGGGGUGCUCAGGUGAGCGGCUUCGGCGCCUCCCCCUCCAGCCACCCUAGCAGUGGGAUCCCGGACAUGGGCGGAGCACCCAGCAGCCUCUUCGGGAGCCUGAGCCAGCCGGCGGCCCUGCCCCCGCCCGGCCCCGUGCCCGCCUAUGGGGCCUACGCCAACCCCUUCGCCCCGCCUGCCGCCCCGCCCGCCCGGCCCAACACCAACCCCUUCCAGCCCAACGGCACUGUUCCAGGUUCCAGUUUUGAUGGGUUUGCUGCAGCCCAGUUGGGGCAGCCGGUCGGGAUCUCCACCAAUCCCUUCAUGACGGCAGCUCCGUCCCCACCCUUCGUCAUCAAGCAUCCAGCCACCAACCCCUUCUUAUAGCGAGGUGCCCGGACGGCUGCUCUGGGCUGGAAGUGCCCAUCCCCACGCACCCCCCGCGCCGGCUUCUGGCUGUGCAGCCCUGACGCCGUGGGGAUGGGCUGGAACACGUGCUUUAACUA